UUCGAUAUUCCACAACGACGAAGACAAAACCACAUAUACACGCCCACCACGCGCCUCGUGCGGCAAACUGAUCACCCGGAAACACGUAAACCGUUUGAAACCAUUCGCGCGAUCCAAAAUCGACCAACAUGACGAGCACGAUCGGAAUACCCAUCAAGCUCCUCAACGAGGCAGCUGGCCACAUUGUCACUCUUGAGAUCACAUCUGGCGAGGUAUACCGCGGCAAGCUCAUAGAAGCCGAGGACAACAUGAACGUCCAAUUGAAAGACAUCACCGUGACCGCGCGCGACGGCCGAGUCUCGCAUCUCGAGCAGGUCUACAUCCGAGGAUCGCACGUCCGCUACUUCAUCGUCCCCGACAUGUUGCGAAAUGCACCCAUGUUCCGAUCGAGAGGCACAAGAGGCCGUGGUGUGGGUCUGGCGCGUGGAAGGGCAACCGUCAACAGGGCCAGGGGAGUGCGCGGUGGACGUUGAAGCGGGGGAGAGAUUUGGGUGCGGAUGAAUACUGCGCGCGAAGACACUUGAAUUUUUGGGGGAGGCCUUCCACAUAUAAUGACGAGAUGGACACGAGGAGAAUAUCAGCAAACACGACCACAGGACGAGGCUGGACACGCAAUUGGAACUAGUCGUGUCAGGAGGGCUUCGAAGCUGCAAAACGUAUGAACAUUUGGAGAGGAUAACAGCAGGAAAGAGUCCAUCUGAUAGAUACCACGGACACAGGUCCGGCAAACGAAUGUAAAUCUUUCGAUCCAUGUGUGCCGAGCGAUACGUCUAUUAUGCGAUAUAUCCACAUAGUCUUUGACGCACGGUAUCCGUAUUGCUUUGAAUUGCUC